ACCUUUUAACAAGUGGUAUGAAGAAGCAACAAAAAAUGCAGAAAACUCAGAUAUUUGGAUGAAUUCGAAAACUACAGAUGAUGAAGUUUUAUCCGAUAUUUCUGAACAAGAUUUGGGUGAUAUGAAACCAGUAGAAAAUGAGUUCUUUGAAAUUUAUGAUACUCAAAAUCAAUACACACUUGAGGAAUUUAAAGAAUUUAAUGAUAUGUCUGUUCCUUGA